UUGCAAUAUGUAAUUCAGCUGCUCAUACGAUAACAGUUCUACCUAAUUCAAGAGAAUGUUUUUUUGAAGAGUUACAUAAAGGUGAUAAGAUGACCGUAACUUUUCAAGUUGAUGGUGGUGGACAUUUGGAUAUAGAUUACAUGAUGUAUGAUCCAUCAGAUCGUCUUAUGGAAUCAAGUGUGAGACAAACCACUGGAACAUUUAGUAUAAAUGCAGAAUUCGAAGGAAGAUACACUUAUUGUUUUAGUAAUGAGAUGUCUACAGUUACUGAAAAAGAAGUUAGUUUUAAUGUUCAUGGAAUUAUUUAUGUUCCAGAUGAUGGAUUAGCACAUUCUGAUCCUUUAGAAAAAGAAAUUCGAGAACUUGCAGAUGGUCUUGCUGCUAUUAAGGAUGAACAAGAAUAUAUAGUGAUGAGAGAACGUACACACCGAGAUAGUACGUAUUUAAAUAUUUUAAAUAUUUUCUUUACUACAAAUGAUCGUGUUAAAUAUUGGUCAUUUUUUCAAUUUAUUGUUCUUAUUGCAGUUUGCGCUUGGCAAGUGACUUAUUUGAAAAGAUUCUUUGAAGUCAAACGUGUAGUAUAA